AUGAGGGCAUCUCGAACUUCUUCACUGCAUUGGGUGACAAUGCAUCUCUCUUUUUGUCUUCUUCUCUUCGCAAGUCUCUUCGGAGCAACAGUCCAAAAGUGCUGUCAAUAUCCUCUUUAUAUUCCACCAAAGAUGCCACUUGAUUACCAACCGUUCACCAUGCCCCAUAAGGUUCAGUGGAAUGGUUGUGAUCAGCCAAUGAUUAUGGGAUGCGCCAUCAAUGGAGGAUAUUCUAAAUACUGGUUCAGAAUAUUAGGAAAUUUCUCAAGUAUACCCGAUAACAUCGAAUCGUUUUUUCCUAAGAUGCUCUUGAACCACGAAAAAAAGUUCGGUAGUCCUGAUUACAUAGACAUCAAAUGCGAUACACAAACUGGAUUGUGGUAUUGGGAUAAUCCUUAUAAUACAUGGUUUAAAACCCGUCAAUACAAAGAAUUCUGCUGUAAUUGGGCGCGGGAAGUACAUGCUCCUGGAUGGCCUACUAAAUUCUCGAUACCUCAAUCGAGUCCGGAUUUUCCUGAAAGCUCUUUGGUGUCACAUUGGAAUUAA